AUGGCCGACGCUGAGAAAUUUAUCAAACGAAAUCCUCAUCCGGAUUUCAAAGGAGUCGAGGCUUCGCGACCGAAAUGGGACGAGUCCCUGGAGUGGAAAUACACAAAGACUCGCGAUCCCGACUGGAAGCUUGGUGGUGGGGCAAAUGACGGAGGCCGAUCCCUUGAGAAGAAUCACAUUGAGAUCGAUCCAUACCAGGAGGGACGUCCUGCGACAUUCAAUUAUAAACUUUUGAUCAGUGCCAUUGUACCCCGCCCAAUCGGCUUCUUGAGCACUCGCUCGAAAGAUGGCGAGAGCAUAAACCUGGCUCCAUACUCAUAUUUUAACAUGGUGAACCACGACCCUCCGAUGUUCAUAAUAGGCGUUGCUGGCGGCAUGGACAGAGCGAAGGAUAGUCUAAAGAAUGUUGUAGAGACGCAGGAAGUGUGCAUCAACAUCAUUUCAGAGCAUUACGUCGAGGCUGCAAAUGCAUGCAGCGUCAACGCUCCAUACGGAACAUCGGAGUGGGCCUUGACAGGCCUUACCCCAGCACCAUGUACCCAUAUCAAAGCCUCCCGAGUCAAAGAAGCCAUCUUUUCCAUUGAGGCCAAGCUUUACAAGACAGAAGAGUUUGAGAGUCGAGCCACACCGGGCAAGAAGACGGGCGUUCUCCUAAUGCUAGAGGGUAUAAAAUUUUGGGCACGAGAGGAUGCAAUCAAUGAAGAUCGAAACCUCAUGGAUCCCAACGUCCUGCGUCCAAUCUCUCGCCUGGGCGGCAUCACAUAUGCUAGAACAGUGGAAGGUUUAGAGAUACCGCGACCGGACUAUGAUGAGAUGAUGUCGAUUGAGAAUAGCAAGAGUUUUGCCAAGCCAAAAGCCGAUGGCCAAUAA